GCGGGUUUGAGCUCAUUUUGAGUCAUUCUCAAACUCUAAUACUAUACGUUCCCCGCGCUUUCUCACUCUCAUUCUCUACUGAUUAUCUUGCUGACGAGAAUAAUUCUGAAACCCUAGAAGAUCAUGGCACCUAAAAAACCUCGCCCUGUGAGUUUUUUCUCUUUUGAGUUUUGAGAUUAAUUAUUUUUUUUCCUGUUCUUCAAAAUUAGUGUAGGUGAGUACGAAAUUUCAGUGUUUCGAUUCUUCGGUCUACAUUCUACCGUCACAGCUUACAAUUAUCAUGUGCCGACUCUCUUGAAUCCUUGGGUUCAGCAGUUGUUCCAACCUUUCCACAAAUGUCACAUGAGGCACAGGGGAAACCCCCUUCAAACAAGAAGAGGAGAUAUGCAGAAGAACGUAUUGAUCAUGGUUCAGCAGUAGCACCAGCCUUCCCACAAAUGUCACAUGAGACACAGAGGAAACCCUUUUUAAACAAGAAGAGGAGAGAUGCAGAAGAGCAUAUUCAUUAUAUUCAUAAGCGGAUAGAAGAAUGCAAACAAAAGCGUAUGAACAAAGCUGAGACUGUCAAGGCCCUGCUCGAACAAGAUCAAAUUAAGGCUAUCUUUACAAGAAAAAUUUGGGAGGCACUGGAAAAGGAAAAUGCUGAAUUUUUCAAUUCCUACUACUUGGUGUUAACUAUGAUGGGGCAAAUUAAGAUGUUCAAUGAAUCACUUGCAAGACAUUGUGCCAUGAAAAGAGCACAAAAUCUUCGAUCAAUGCAGAAUAUUGCUCAUCCUGUUGCUGGAGGCCCUGUUCCUCAGCAGCCACCAACUCAAGCUCUUGGGAAACCCCAAUUUAAUGGAAUCCCUCUAGUGGACUGCUUUCAUGCUACACGAGUGAAUGGGGAUAGGUGUAUAGCAGGGUCAGUACCUGUUAACCCUCCUAGUUAUUCCAUGUCAGAAAGGGAUUUGAGUCCUGCAUCAUGGGCAUCCAUUGGCCACUUCAAUUCCACUCAAACAGACGUGUUACGAAUGAAUACAGCGGCAGAUGAUCCAGUGCCUGUCAACAAUAAUAGUGAUUUCAUGUCAGAAAUGGAUUUGUGUCCAUCACGGGCAUCCAGUGCCCACUUUACUUCCACUCAAUCACAGAUGUUAAGAAUGAAUGCAGUGGCAGAUGUAUCACAAUGUCUUCCUCCUGAUUCAGAUAUUUUGCUUCAGCAGCUCAUCGGAGGCCCUGUUCCUCAGCAGCCACCAACUCAAGCUCUUGGGAAACCCCAAUUUAAUGGAAUCCCUCAAGUGGACUGCUUUCAUGCUACACGAGGGAAUGGGGAUAGGUGUAUAGCAGGGUCAGUACCUGUUAACCCUCCUAGUUAUUCCAUGUCAGAAAGGGAUUUGAGUCCUGCAUCAUGGGCAUCCAUUGGCCACUUCAAUUCCACUCAAACAGACGUGUUACGAAUGAAUACAGCGGCAGAUGAUCCAGUGCCUGUCAACAAUAAUAGUGAUUUCAUGUCAGAAAUGGAUUUGUGUCCAUCACGGGCAUCCAGUGCCCACUUUACUUCCACUCAAUCACAGAUGUUAAGAAUGAAUGCAGCGGCAGAUGUAUCACAAUGUCUUCCUCCUGAUUCAGAUAUUUUGCUUCAGCAGCUCAUCGGAUGCUCUAUUCCUCAGCAGCCACCAACUCAAGCUCUUGGGGAACUCCAAUUUAAUGGAACCCCUGUAGUGGACUACUUGCAUCCUACACGAGUGAAUGGGAAUAGGUGUAUAGCAGGGUCAGUUCCUGUUAACCCUCCUAGUUAUUCCAUGUCAGAAAGGGAUUUGAGUCCUGCUUCAUGGGCAUCCAUUGGCCACUUCACUUCCACUCAAACAGAGAUGUUACGAAUGAAUACAGCGGCAGAUGAUCCAGUGCCUGUCAACAACAAUAGAGAUUUCAUGUCAGAAAUGGAUUUGUGUCCAUCACGGGCAUCCAGUGCCCACUUUACUUCCACUCAAUCACAGAUGUUAAGAAUGAAUGCAGCGGCAGAUGUAUCACAAUGUCUUCCUCGCGAUUCAGAUAUUUUGCUUCAGCAGCUCAUUGGAUGCUCUAUUCCUCAGCAGCCACCAACUCAAGCUCUUGGGGAACUCCAAUUUAAUGGAACCCCUGUAGUGGACUACUUGCGUCCUACACGAGUGAAUGGGAAUAGGUGUAUAGCAGGGUCAGUACCUGUUAACCCUCCUAGUUAUUCCAUGUCAGAAAGGGAUUUGAAUCCUGCAUCAUGGGCAUCCAUUGGCCAAUUCAUUUCCACUCAAACAGAGAUGGCUGAUGGUCCAGUGCCUGUCAACAACAAUAGUGAUUUCAUGUCAAAAAUGGAUUUGAGUCCUGCAUCACGGGCAUCCAGUGCCCACUUUAUUUCCACUCAAUCACAGAUGUUAAAAAUGAAUGCAGCGGCAGAUGUAUCACAAUGUCUUCCUCCUGAUUCAGAUAUCCUGCUUCAGCAGCUCACCGAUAGCUCAUUGUUUGCUGAAUGUAUGACUCCUAUUCCGCCGGUACUGGAUUGAAUGAAAGAGCAAAAUUCGUCUAAAAUGUGCUUCUGGGGUUUCAUUUCGGCUUCCACACGAAGUGUAGAUAGUUUGCCGCAGAGUACUUUUUGUUCCUUCAGAAGUUAUUAGGAUUUUUUGGUAGUUAUUAGGAUUUUUUGGUACAUAGUUUAGUUUGCUGCAGAGUUCUUUUGGUUCCUUCAGAAAUUAUAAGGAUUUUUUGGUACAUAGUUUGGUUUUUGUUGAUUCUGAUGCUGGAUUGUUAAUUUCUUUAUUUAGUUUAUACUCAAACUCUAUGAUGCGUGUAUAUAGAAUAUAUAUACAUAAAAGCAUGUGAUUGAUUACUCAGGAUAUCUGGUCUGUCAAUAACUCAGGAUUAAAGCGCAGAGGAACACUGCCUUUUAAUCAUAAUUCAUAUAUUUUUACACUCAUGGUUAUGGCUAUUCCUAU